AAUGACCAAUCCAUCAAAACACAGUCACAACUAAACAAAAAAAUCAAUCCCAAAACCUUCAUUUGCACCAUAUUCUUCAAUUCCUCUGUUUUUCAAACAUUCUCCAAAUUCAACAACAAUGACAGAACUUUGCUUUCAAAACACCAAAUCUACCACAAAAACCAAGAAGAAUGCUUCUAAAUUCACUAAUUUUUGCUCUUUUAUUCUAUCUCACCCACUCUAUUUCUCUUACUUAAUCUUCUUCUCCCCUUACCUCUUCAAACUCUUAUCUUUUCUAUCUCCUCUGUUCUUCACCACUUCUCUUCUUCUUCUGUCACUCUUCACUACUAUUAUUCCACUCAAAUCAAUCAUCAAUUCUAAAGAAGGUUUACUUCUUACAGCUUAUAACUCAAUUUCAGAGAAUUUACGGCCAAAUUCAGAGGAUGAAGAUGAGAAUGCAACCCACAUUGAAGAGUUUGAAGUUUACAAGGUUGUCUUCGAUAUUCCCACAAUUGAAGAAAAACCAGUUGAGAUUGAACAAAUUCAACAAACCCCAGAAAAAAUUGAGAAGAUUCAAGAAUACGUAGUUGAAUUUUUCGAGGAAAAUGCUUCAAUUGUGGGAAAAGAAACAGGGGAUUUGUGUGAAAGUUUGACUAUGGGGAGAGAAAAAGCUGGCACAAACCCCAAAAAGGUUAAAAAAGAAGAAGAAUUGAAAAAAGUUGAGUCAAAAAUAGGAUCCGAGGCAAUUAAAACACCAAAAAGCAGGUCAUUUAAGGUUGAUGAUGAGAAAAAAAUCACUGAGACAUUUUCACAAACACUUGGUGGGCAACCUUAUAUGGGGAGUUUUGGGUCUAUGAGGAAAGAAAAAGAAUGGAGGAGAACUUUGGCAUGUAAAAUCUUCGAAGAAAGGCAUAAUGGGAGCAGUAAUCAAGCAGCUGUUAAUGGCGGAGGAGGCGAAGAAGGUAUGGAUUUGUUAUGGGAAACUUAUGAAACAGAGUUGUUAAACAAGAUUAAUAAACCUAAUAAGGUUGAAGAGGUUACUAAAAAAGGAAAGAAGAAGGAAGAAAAAAUGGAGGAUUUAAUGAUGAUUAAUGAAGAUGAAGAUGAUUAUUAUGAAGAUAAUGGUAAAUUUUGUUGUUUACAAGCUUUGAAGUUGUCUGCUGGGAAGAUGAAUUUAAGUAUGGGGAUGAAAUUUUCUAAGGCUUUUAAGGGGAUUGGAUUUUUGCACAAUCAUGUUAGAAAGCAAGGGAAAAAAGGGUUCAAGUAAUUUUAUUUUUUUAUUUUUUGUUUUAAUAUUUUUAUAUUUCUUUGUAUGAUUAUUGGUUAAUGUUGAUUUGGUAAUGUAUACGAAAUUACGAAGUAGUAAUAAAUGUGUUAAUUUGAGAAAUUAAUAAAAUCAUCACCAAAGGAAAAAAAAAAAAAGUGAGUAAAUAUGUUUUGUUCUUGUGAAUAAAGUUUGUACAUCAUGUAAAGGUUUGUAAAAUCAUCCAUUAAGAAUUGUACACCAAAUCAUCCACUAGAUUUUGGGUUGGUUGUUACUCUUGAG